GAUUGGGUCUUCAGAUAAAUUACAGCAGUGAGCCAUGUCUUUGCUUGAUGGGCUACCCAGACCCAAACGAAUUCCAGAGAGUGGAAUGGGCCACUUGUAAAAGCGUCGAGCAUCAGCACCAGACCAGAGACCCGACUACAACUUCAAAAUCUUACCCUUCCCUUCUCUGUCAGAGAAAUUCCGAUUUUGUAAAGAUAAAAUCCUGCUAAGGCACUACGCUGAAUCCCGCCAACACCCCCACCGUAUUGCUGACUACUAAUUUUUCUUGCUCUGUAAAAUUUCAUAGAAUUUAGUGCUUAUCUUUUGUCAAAAAGAAACAAUGUUUGUAAAACUGCAAUUAGAUGCCCGUUGUUUUAACAUAUUGAGCUCCCCCAGGACCUCACCCAUCACAGGAGCUUCAGUCUCCACAAACACAGGAGUAUCACUUUCUCCACUAGAAAAGAUUGAAACUGUCAAGAAACGCAGAGAGCAAAGCCUUCUUGAAAUCCCCAAUAGACGAAUUCCCAAGAAGGUCAACACAGAUCACAAACAGAUUCCUAAGAAACCUAGCUUCAAUAAAAACCCAGAUAGAGAACCGAGAAAUAACUCAAGGAAUAGUACUCGAGUUGAAAAUAAGAAGAGUUUUGGGGUUGGUUUGGAGAGGCUCGAUGGUAAUGGCUCGGUUGAUAGAGCGCACACCAAAUGUUCGAAGAAAUGGGCAUAUUAUGGAGGUUGUAUUCCAUCAAUUUUGGAAGCUCUUGAUACGAUUAAAGACCUUGAUGAGGCAUUGAAGCCAUGGGAGGAUACUCUUAGUAACAAAGAGAGGAGCAUAAUUUUGAAGGAGCAGUCUAGUUGGGAGAGAGCUUUGGAGAUUUUUGAGUGGUUUAAGAGAAAGGGUUGCUAUGAGUUGAAUGUGAUUCGCUACAAUAUUAUGCUCAGGAUUCGUGGGCGAGCGCGAAAUACCAUGAUCCACAUUUGUGGUAACCAUGGCCAGCUUGAAGAAGCGGGUUCACUUAUGCAGAAGAUGGAGGAGCUACGAUGCCCACCAGACACAAGGACGUAUAAUAUUCUCAUCUCCCUUCAUGCUAAGCAUGAUAAUAUAAGCAUGGCAGCUAGCUACUUUAAAAGGAUGAAGGAGGCUGGAUUAGUGCCAGAUCAUGUGAGUUACCGCACACUCUUGUAUGCCUUCUCAAUAAGGCAUAUGGUCAGUGAUGCAGAAGACCUGGUGUCUGAGAUGGAUGAAAAGGGUCUGGAGAUUGAUGAGUAUACCCAGUCUGCUCUGACUAGAAUGUACAUAGAAGCUGGGAUGCAUGAGAAAUCAUGGCUUUGGUUCAGGAGAUUUCAUCUCACAGGGAAUAUGAGUUCUGAGUGCUAUUCUGCCAGCAUUGAUGCAUAUGGGGAGCGCGGCCAUAUUUUGGAAGCUGAGAAAGUUUUCAUGAGCUGCCAAGAGGGGAAGAUGCUGACUGUCCUCGUGUUUAAUGUGAUGAUUAAAGCAUAUGGGUUAGCGCAAAAAUAUGACAAAGCAUGUCAGUUGUUUGACAGCAUGGAGAGUCAUAGUGUACUUCCAGAUAGAUGUAGCUAUAGUUCUAUCAUACAAAUUUUGGCUGGUGCUGACUUGCCAGACAAAGCGAGAGAUUAUCUGAAGAAGAUGCAAGAGGCAGGAUUGGUUAGUGAUUGCAUCUCCUAUUGUGCUGUGAUCUCAAGCUUUGUGAAAUUAGGUAAACUGGAAAUGGCUGAGAGGCUUUAUAACGAGAUGAUAGGUUUUGAUGUGAAGCCAGAUGUCAUAGUUUAUGGUGUACUGAUAAACGCGUUUGCUGAUGCUGGAAGUGUUAAAGAAGCUCUUGGUUAUGUAGAUGCAAUGAAAAGAGCUGGUUUGCCUGGCAAUACAGUCAUAUACAACUCCUUAAUCAAGCUUUAUACCAAAGUCGGGUACUUGAAAGAAGCAGAAGAAACAUACCAGCUGCUUCAGUCGUCAGAUUCUGGUCCUGAUGCAUAUUCUUCAAACUGUAUGAUAGAUCUCUACAGCGAACAAUCCAUGGUCAAGCAAGCAGAAAAGAUUUUUGAGAGCUUGAAGAGAAAAGGGAACACAAAUGAGUUUACUUUUGCAAUGAUGUUGUGCAUGUACAAAAGACUUGGGAGGUUCGAGGAAGCCACUCAGAUUGCAAAACAGAUGAGAGACUUGGGACUUUUGACUGACUUGUUAAGCUAUAAUAAUGUGCUUGGGUUGUAUGCAUUGGAUGGCAGAUUCAAAGAGGCUGUGGGAACUUUCAAGGAAAUGGUAGAAGCUUCCGUUCAUCCCGAUGAUUGUACAUUCAAAUCUCUUGGAAUUGUUCUGGUAAAAUGUGGAAUAUCGAAGAAAGCUGUUACCAAGCUUGAAGCAACUACGAAAAAUGAUUAUCAGAAAGGAUUGCAGGCAUGGAUGUUAGCUCUCUCCACUGUAGCUGAGAUAGAUGAUGAUUAUGACGAGUAAAUUUAAGUUGUAGUUUAUGGGCUGUAUUCCUUCUCUCUUCCGUCUAAUGUAGUGGAAGUUGCAUAUUGUUGUCACGUGUAAUGGACAAGAUCAACAAAAGUGUAAAGUGUAUAAAACCUGUAGUUUCUGUAUUUUUACUGUGUUGAUAAAAUAUGUCAAAUGUUCAAAAAAGUGUGAUUCAA